AUGGAGCAAACAGUGAAGUCUUUGAGAAUACUCGUUACUGGGGGUGCCGGCUUUUUAGGAUCCAAUUUGAUCGAGUAUCUCCUUGCGCAAGGACACGAGGUGGUCGGUAUUGAUAAUUUCGAAAAUGUAUCGCCGCAAAAUUUGGAUUACGUCGCAGAUCAUCCGAGAUUUAAUUUCGUGAAGCAUGACAUACAGUCUCCUCUGGAUUUUGUAGGGGAAAUCGACCAGAUUUAUAACCUGGCAUGUCCAGCAAGUCCAAUUCAGUAUCAAAAGAAUCCCGUGUCGACCUUGAGAACAUGCUUUAUUGGUGUGGACAAUCUUUUGAAUCUUGCACAGUCCAGAGGCAUUCGAAUUCUUCACACUAGUACAUCCGAGGUCUACGGCGACCCUCAUAUUAACCCACAGCCUGAGAGUUAUUGGGGAAACGUUAAUCCAUUCGGUCCCCGAUCUUGCUAUGAUGAAGGAAAGCGAGUGGCAGAGGCACUCUGUUACGCCUACCGAGAGCAGCACGGCAUCGAUAUUCGAAUUGCCCGUAUAUUCAAUACGUACGGGCCGCGUAUGAGUAGCAGCGAUGGUCGAGUAGUUUCGAGUUUCAUUGCUGCUGCGUUGGAGGGCAAGGAGUUAGAAAUCACUGGCGACGGCACAUCCACUCGAUCCUUCCAAUACGUCACGGACUGUGUCGAGGGACUCGUUGCGCUCAUGAACAGCGACUACAAUAACGGGCCUAUGAACAUUGGCAAUGAUGAAGAGUUUACGAUCCAACAGCUUGCUGAAAUUGUCGUGGAGCUUGUUGUGGAGAUGACGGGGAAGCCCAAGGUCACAAUCGUUCAUCGUCCUCCAGUUGUAGACGACCCAACAGUGCGACGGCCGCAAAUCACGUUAGCACGGGAAACACUUCGUUGGAGGCCAACUGUUCAACUGCGAGAGGGAUUGCGCAAGACAAUCCAGUGGCACAUAGAGCAGGGAGGUAUUUCCAGAGCGAAAUAA